AUGGGCGCGCCCCUCGUCAAGCUCAACGAGACCGAGAUCGCGGUGUCGCAUCAACCCACCCCGCCAUCAUACUACUGGAGCGAUAUCAUGGACACCCACGGUGAGCGGAGGUAUCCCGGCCUCAUGGCCGUCCACGUCCUCUCCAUGGGCCUUGCCUUCUUCGGCGCCCUUCCAGUAGGCAUCGCACUGCGCUCCGUCAAAUCCGCAUGGCACCCAGUCACAGUGAUCCUUUUCUAUGCCUUCACCACGAUCGGUGUCGGCGCGAGCAUGCUAUAUCGCAAACUGACUCCGGACAUGUAUGACGGCGAACGGCAUUCGUCUCAAGGCUAUGGUUGGCUGUUCUUCGCUGCGGCGCUGUCCGUGGUAGAUACCCUCGCCAUCAUCCUUCGUGCAUGGCACUACUUCGAGAGAUUCAGCAUCAACUCAACUUGGAACACCGUCAUCCUCGGACGAGAUGAGCCGUCGGUCCAUCUUUCAUCCGAGUACACCAACUUGGUCGCAGAGGAUGAGCUCGAGGCCGCCGAGCUGAAAACGAGGGACAUCGAGUGCGAGGACUCCGAGUCGGAAACGCUCCAUGGGCGCCGGAACCAGUCGAUGCAACCCAUUCGCACGAUCUUCGACGCCCAGGAUAGCGAGCACGAGGAGACCGCCCAGUGGGCGAACAACGUCACGCGUCACGCACGUCAGGCAUCCUACCCACAUUCGGCGGCUUCCGAGCGUACGCUCUUCGGUCCUCGCUCUCCGCGCGACUCCGACGACACUCUUCACGUCCCUGGUCCGUGGUACGCUACCGAGAACAGGGCAUGGCUAUUGAAGAAGAUUGGUCGCGCGGCAUUUGGAACGUCAGAGCGGGUGCUGGUCUUUGCCGGCUUCAUGCAGUUCCUGACGGGUAUUAAUUGGGUUAACGGUUGUCUUGCUCACCUGAUCAAGGGCGGCAUCUUCUGGUGCUACGGCCUGGUCACGUUUGCGCGGUACCUUGGUUCUUUCUCUGAGCUCGGGUGGGCGUGGAAUCGCGCGCCUGCAGGUAACUACCCUUCCGCCGAAUUCGUCGAGUCGUCUGUCGUCUUCGUGUACGGAAUCACGAACACUUGGAUGGAGCGCUUCGGUGCUCAGCCGGGCGAUCCGUACACCACCAAGCAGGUGCAGCAUAUCAGUAUCGCGGUUAUGUUCUGGUUCGCGGGUCUCAUCGGCAUGGGCAUUGAGAGCAAGAGGAUCCGGCGGUGGCUUGCGGCGGGCAGCACAGCUGCGAUAGGCGCGACCCUCGGCCAAGAGGCGGUGGCAGAGCCUCCGAGCUAUGCGGGGAGCUUCAACCCGUUCCCGGCGCUGUGCAUCGGCAUUACUGGCGCAGCGAUGUCCGCACAUGCACAGACGUACCUCUUCCAGGUCCAGAUCCACAUGCUCUGGGGCUACCUCCUGAGCGGGUUCGCCGUCCUGCGGUGCUUGACCUACUUCUUCGUGUGGCUGGGCCCCCCACGGAGCAUCCUGCCCAGCCGUCCGCCGACGGAGGCGCUCGCGAGCUUCCUGCUGGCGUGCGGCGGGCUGAUGUUCAUGUUCUCGACGGAGGAGGUCACGAUCGCGGCGAUGCGCCAGGGCCACGAUGACGUCAUGAUGUUCUUGAACGUCGGCGUCGCGGUUACGUGCCUGGCGUUCUGCUGGGGCUGGCUCAAGAGCCGCACGCAUGCUGCGGUCAAGUUCCACGCGUCGGCGUGA